AUGGCGUAUGUGGAUCACGCGUUUUCGAUAACAGACGAAGACAUGAUGAUGGAGGACUCUUACACAGUCAACAACAAGCCUCCCAUCAAAGAGAUCGCUCUCGCCUUCGCUCUCCUCAUCACCGGCACUCUCGGCAUUGUCAUUGGCGGCCUCAUGGCCUACAACCAUGUCGGCGGCGACAAAGCUCACGGCUUAUUCUUUGCGAUACUUGGGGCGAUCUUGUUCCUUCCGGGUUUCUAUUACACGCGGAUUGCUUACUAUGCUUAUAAAGGUUACAAGGGCUUCUCUUUCUCCAACAUUCCACCUGUUUAG